AAGUUUCCUCGUUCACGCAACUGUUCACGACGCGUGGAUAUUUUUUUGUUGUAUUUGCGCUUUUAAUAAUCUGUCGUCUUCAGUCAUGGCUUACAAGUUAAUUUUCUGGACUAUUCUUGUUUUCUUCGUAGGCACUGAAGCUCAAAAAAGCCAAUGUGAUUUGAACAAAUUCCAAACCAGUAAUAUUGUACCCACUUUAAUAGCAGCUGUUCCACCAAAUUCUAUACAGAUUGAAUAUCAAGGCCAACCAGUCACUUGCGGCAAUACCUUGACACUGAACCUUACUCGUGAUCGUCCUUCGGUCGUUGACUACAAAGCAGAUGUAAACAAACUAUACACCUUAAUAAUGUUUGAUCCUGACUUUCCAGAUCCAAAGAAUCCAAUAAGUGCCCAUUUUCUGCACUGGCUGAUGGAAAAUAUUCCCGAAAAUUUAGUUAUCAAUGGGGAUACUGUUCUCACGUACUCUCCACCGGCAUCCACUGGUUCUGGUCCUCAUAGACAUAUUUUCCUGGUUUACGAGCAACCCAACAGAGAAAUGUUGAACGACGACGAUAAGAACACAGGUGUAAAGCGAAAUUUUUUCGAUCUCAACCAGUUUGUGAAAGACCGGAAUCUGAAAGGUCCUAUCGCAGGGAAUUUCUUUCUAAGUUUGGAAUGA